GAAUUCAAUUAUACUGGUAUUUUGUUUUUGAUGAUUACAAAAAUAAGUGUUGAAUUUUUCAACAGAAAAAUUAUCGCAAAAAAAUAAUGGCAACAAGGGAUAUUAAAAAUAUUAAAGAUCAUUUAAUAUGUGCAAUAUGUUUGGAAUGUUUGACUGAUCCGAGGAAAUUACCAUGCGAUCACAGUUUCUGCUUAUUAUGUUUAAAAAAACAUAUAUCCGAGGCUCGCAAAGGUAACAGAGGAUUCUUUAGAAGUAAACCGUUUCAAUCGUUUACAUGUCCGAGUUGUAGAACUAAUGUGAAAGUACAAAACUCAGCGCUUAACGACGACGACAUAGCCAAGGGUUUUCCAGCAAAUGCACUUCUUGCUGAUAUUGAAAAGAGAGUAAAAUUACACGAAUCUAGUGUCCCGUCAUGCGAAAAGCAUAUUGAAAUUCCAGCGGAAUAUUUUUGUGUUAAGGAUAAUGUUUUUCUGUGCACUGAUUGUGCUGUCACAACUCACAGAGGCGGGAGUUGUAAAAUUCUUAGUUUACAUGAUGCUAGUAUAAAACUAAGACCAGAAUACAAUUCAAUAAAACAACAAUAUGAAGACGAACUUAAUGAAAUGAGUCAUAUGAUUACAAAAGAAUAUAAAGAGAAAGUCUCAAAACAAAUAAAGUUAAACACCUUGAAAGACCUUGAUAGCUUCGAAAAACAAAUUGGUCUAUUUUAUCAAAAGGCCUUACAAAAUAUUGAAGACCUAAGGAAUAAAAUAGAUGCAUCAUCUUGCACCUGUGUAUCUACUUAUGAUAGUCAGAUUCGAGAACUGAUACGCGAUACCGAAAAACGCAAGAAGAACCUUGAUGAAAUGGACACAGGAGGUGGAUUUCUUUUACAUUUACAAAAGUUUAAAAGGAACAAUAAAACAUUUAUAACUGAUGUUAAAAAAAAACUCGCAUCAUUUUCUGAAACAAUUCUUGUGAGAAGUGAGAGGGUAAAUACAAUAACUAAAUAUACAUAUUCCGUUGUUGGAUUACGCAAACAUUGGACUGUUUUGUAGGUAAACCAUAGUAGUGUAAUCUAAAUCCAAGGAAAUCGAACAAACAUAUUUCUUCGAGUCAUGAAAAAUUGGAGAUGGGAAUUUAUAAUACUUUUUAAAUUUGUAAUAUAUUCUAUAUGAAAUAUAUGAGAAAACUGUCAUCCAACUUUAGAAUUUGCAGAACUUUGUUAAGAAAUUAAAUAAAAUCAUUCUAAAAGUAA